AUGCUGCAACGAGGACUAAUUCCACCCACAGCCAAAAUCACCUUUCAGAACCCGCCUGUGAUGCCCAGAGCGGCCCACCUGCACAAUUUUGAUGAACCACGUAAGAUUCCAGCUGCAGCCACCUUCACCACAUCUCAGAAGCCACCAAAGGAGCUGGAAGAAGAAACAGACUUCCACAAGAAGCAAAAAGCAAAGGGGAAAGGCAGAAGAUCAAGAGGAUACCACACUAGGAAGGCCACGAAAAUCAUGACACCUUGCAGAUCUCUGAAAUCCCCAUGGGAAUACGACUUUCCCAUCUACAAUGGCACCAUAGACAAGUCAGACCCAGACUUCCUAGCGUUCAAGGAGCGCUUCAGCUCAGCCUGGGGAAGCAUAUUCUCCGUGCUGGAGCACCUGCAGAAGUUUCUCCAGGAUUACAGCAUCCCGGAAGUGAAAGUGAAGGGGACAGCUCUGGUGGCCCUCCUCCCUCAGAUUGAGUUGAAAAGUAAACCGUCACGCCUGGACCUCCUGUCGGUGCUGGAGAACCCGGACCGUGUGCAAAUGCUGCUGAGUGUCCCCGGGCAGAAGUUCAAAGGCCGGGAGGGCAAGAUGAAUGCUGCCAUCAAGAUCCAGGCCACGUGGAAAUGCUUCAAGGAGCGGCGGCUCUUCCUCCUGUACCGCGCGCAGAAGUGGGCUUCGGGCGUGAUCGCCAUCGCCUGGCUGCUGCACUGCCACAAGACGCGGCUGAAGGCCAUCCUGAGGGAGUCCAGGCAGAGGCACCUGGAGAAUUUCCGCAUCCGAGCCAAGCAUCUGGCAACCAACUGGAAUCGCAUCAGGACCUCCAAGAGGACCAUUAUCCAUAUCCCAUCAUUAGGGUAUACCCAGGCUGUUCGGGAGCGGAUCACUGACUUCAGCACGCAGCAAAACAUGCAGCUGGGGAGGCUGUGCGACAUCGUAGAUGCCAACGUGGAUGUCAUCUAUAUCUGCCCCCAUGAGAUGAACGAGGAGUUACUGCUGUAUUACCAUAAAAUCUUGAGUCUGCAUGCAGCCGUGAAGUCAGGCAACAUCGAGGACAGGAGUGACGUGCAAGACAGGUUCAAAGUCAUCACCCCAGAAGCCGUGAACAUCUUCACUAUGUUAGAACAGCUGAGUCAGUUGGUGACUGACCACCUGGGAAUCCAGCGCUGGCUCUUGAAGAUGGACUCUGAGUUUGGAGGCGAUGGGACAGCGUUUUGUGACAUCCCUUCCCACCUCCAGUGCUACAAGUGGGCACUGAAGGAGCGUGAUAAAUAUGGCCACGAAGAUUGGAAGAAGAAAUGGGCACAAGAGCUGGCUCUGACGAAGAUCUCCAAGGAGCUAGUGGGCAUUUUAGCACAGCACGUACAGCCAGUCAACAAGAGACGCUUUCCGACGUGGAAGAAAUUCCUGCAAGCGUUUCUCAGUCAAGGGGGCGUGAUCGAGGCCUUCCCGCCCGCAGACAACGUCACCAACCUGACCGUGGACAUGCUGAUAGAGCCGGGCGGGGAAGUGCGGGUGUUGUCCACUGGGGACCAGCUGCACGCCGAAAGCCCCUUCGUCUCCUCGGGCACCACCAUGCCGCAGGCCUCCGUGGAUCCCCAAGUUCUCUGUUCUUUGUGCCUCCAAAUUGGAAAUGCAUGUAAAACCAGAGACGUGGUUGGCUACUUCUCCAUAGACCUGGUGACUUUCAUCGACCCAAGCACCUUGGAGCAGCAGGUGUGGGCAACCGGUCUCAACAUCUCCUACAGCGACCAGCUGGCCCUGACACAGCUCGCCUUGUACCUGACCAAUGGCCGCCUGAAUUGUGAGCUGAGCACCCUUGAGGUGCCCCGCUUAGCACCCAAGAAGGAGAAGAGGAGGUUCCUUCGCAACCUGCCAGUGCUGCUCACCAUGAGUCACACGGCAGCUCCUGCUUCGGAGGCUGAGGCAGGAGGCUUGGAGGGAGGCACGCUGAUCCUCACGGGGGCCUCGAGCGUGACGGUGACGCUCAUGUUGACGUUGAUGGCGCGGUCGCCAGCCACCAGCCGCUACGCAGUGAUGACCACUCAACUGAGACACAGCAACCUCUCGCUGAUCUUCCCCUACGUUUUUCUCCAGAUGUGCAAGGCCCACGGCAUUGGCUAUGACCUUGAGAACAAUCGGCGUGGAUCUCCAGGGGGCCCUCAUGACCUUUGCUCGCCAUCUCUUCAUCAUUCAUCAAGAAAUAUCAGCACCUAA